AUGCCUGAGAUAUGGUUAUUUUUGACAACAGCAUGUUUGAUACAUGGAACUUCAAGUAUUAGUGAACUCUUGGAUUUGGAUUUGGAAAAUGGAGUGAAUCCUGAAGUGAGGAUGAACGCUAGUGAAAUUAUUAUCUACAACGGCUAUCCCAGUCAAGAGUAUGAAGUUACCACUGCAGAUGGGUACAUCCUUGCCAUCAACAGGAUUCCCCAUGGGAGAGCACAGACUUGGCAGACAGGUCCCCGGCCGGUUGUGUAUAUGCAGCAUGCCUUGUUUGCAGACAACACCUACUGGCUUGAGAAUUUUGCCAAUGGAAGCCUCGGGUUCAUUCUAGCAGAUGCGGGUUAUGAUGUGUGGAUGGGAAACAGUCGGGGGAACACUUGGUCAAGAAGACACAAAACUCUCUCAGCAAAUGAAGAGAAAUUCUGGGCUUUCAGCUUUGAUGAAAUGGCCAAAUAUGACCUCCCAGUGAUAAUAGACUUCAUUGUAAAUAAAACAGGUCAGGAGAAGUUGUACUUCAUUGGACAUUCCCUCGGCACUACAAUAGGGUUUAUAGCCUUUUCCACCAUGCCUGAACUGGCACAAAGAAUCAAAAUGAAUUUUGCCUUGGGUCCUGUGAUCUCAUUCAAAUAUCCCACAAGCAUUUUUACCAGUUUUUUUCUACUUCCAAAAUCCAUAAUCAAGAGAAUGUUUGGUACCAAAGGUUUCCUCUUAGAAGAUAAGAAAGCAAAGGCAUCUUACAUCAAAAUCUGCAGCAAAAAGCUACUCCGACCAAUAUGUAGUGAGUUUAUGUCCCUGUGGGCUGGAUUCAACAAGAAAAAUAUGAAUAUGAGUCGAUUGGAUGUGUACAUGUCACAUGCUCCCACGGGCUCAUCAAUACAGAACAUCCUGCAUAUAAAACAGCUUUACCGAUCUGAUGAAUUCAGAGCUUAUGACUGGGGAAGUGAAGCUGAAAAUAUGAAUCACUACAACCAGAGUCAUCCUCCCAUCUAUGACCUGACUUCCAUGAAGGUGCCCACUGCCAUUUGGGCUGGCGGACACGAUACCCUCAUAACACCUCAAGAUAUAUCCAGGAUACUUCCCCAAGUUACAAAUCUACGGUACUUCAAACUAUUUCCAGAUUGGAACCAUUUUGAUUUUGUCUGGGGCCUUGAUGCCCCCCAAAGGCUGUACAGUAAAAUCAUAAAUUUGAUGAAAGAAUAUCUCUAA